AUGUCAACAAUCACAAAACCUUCUUCUUCGAGAAUAUCAAAUAUCGAUAAAUCCACAAUACAAUCAUGUUCUAAGUUACUUGAUGAAGAUGAAGAUGAAAAUUUUGAAGCAACAACAGCAAAAGAACCAUACGAAACCAAAUACAUUAAAUUGUCAAACAUUGAAGCGUUGGAUUUUUUUUUUUCAUCAGAUCAAUCAACUGAAACCUUUUCAGAUGUUGUUUUAAUAUUAAUUCACAAAGCUAUUAAUUUAGCAUUUGUUCUUUGUAUGGUAUCUUGUUCUUUGGCUGCUGGAAUGUCGUUGAUUUAUAACAGGACCUUAAACCUUUUCUCAUUUAAUACUAGCUGGUCAAUAUUUUAUAUAAUCAAAGCAUCAAUAUGGGCUUAUUGUUCUUAUAGAUUAAAUUCAUCUUUAAUGUCAUUAAAAGAUGCAAUUAUGAGCGCAAAAAGAAUCGCAAUACCAUUUAAUUCUAUAAAUGAAAAUCCUUUAUUCUACUCAGGGACCGUAUUCAGUUUACCAUUUUUUCUAUUUUUAGAAGAAUUGCUAGAAGCUUAUGAAAAAGAAAGCUUUCGUAAACGAGCAUUGCUGAAAGUUGAACGUGAAAAUGCUCAAAAAUCUGUUUACAAAGCAAUUGAUAGAAUUACUGAACGCAAAGCAUCUUAUUUGAAAGUGAUAGCUUGUCAAUUAAAACAAACAACAGAUUUAGCAAUCAAAACUUUAAAACAGUUAUCUCCUGCUGAUUUCUUAACACAACCUCAUGAACAAUUAUCCGCUUGUUCCAUCUCAUUCCCUACAACUUCAAUCAAAGCCAUACACACUUCACUUAAAGCUGUCAAUUAUAUUUCUUCGCAUUUGGAUAUUUUAUCUUUAUUAUUAUUUACUGAUGUUCAUAAUGCCGAGGAGAUUAUUGGUACUUCGAAUAUUAGACGUGAAUUUGAUAUUGGUGAAAUGAUUCAAAAUGUCGCUGAUGCUUUGGCUGGUGUUGCUGCUUUGGCUAGGGUUGAAUUGGUUGUUUAUCAUAUAGAUUAUGGAUUGGAACAUUUGAAUGUUAUUGGUGAUGUAGCUGGUGCAUGUGUGGAACUGGGACUUCAGAUUAGGACCGUUGAUAAUGAUGAAAAAGAAAGUGUAAUAAUCAAUCCACAUGAUAAAGUAAUCAUCAAAGUCGAAAUAAUUCAUAAUGCUAGUACGUUAAUACCAAGCGAUGGUGAUAAACCAGUUUUGGUUUGUCCAGAUGCAAACUUGACUUUCAAGGUAUUGAAUUAUUUGGGUGCUACAUUGACAGUAGACGAAGAAGAUCAUGAUCAUGGCCGACAGAGAUUCGAAAUUACAAUCGAGAUGGAAGCUGGUUCUUCAUUGAAUACAUCGAAUAAUUUAAAAGUCAAUGAAGAGAUGUACCAUCGUUACCCAAAUUUGCGUAUAACUGGUGAACCAUCUGUAGAAGAAUUGAUCAAGACUUCACAACUUAUGGGAGGCCAAAGAGUAGCAUUAUUUGCUACCAGUAAAAGUUUUUUUGCUAAACAUAUCACUAGCUGUUUAACCACCUGGGGAACUAAUAUAUCUCAUGUGCCUAUUGGAGGAAAUCAAGAUGAUUCAUCAAAUCUACCACCUACUUUUAUAAUGAUUGAUGACGAUAUUGAUACAUUGAAACAACAUCUUAAACAACUUAGUAAUGCUCCAUUUACAGGAUUAUCCUCCUUAUCAUCAACCAUGAAAUCAAGUCUUGCCAUGGGUCUUGGUGUUACUGGUCUUGGCGGUAAUGGUGGUAGCAGUAAUAGUCGAACGAAGAAACCGCCGCCUAGUUUACCAUCACAAACAACUGCUGUAAUUUAUUUCACCUCUAUAACAAAAUACAAACUGGUAAAAGACUCUAUUCAAGACAUUGUAUCAUCGAACAAUAAUGGAACGUUUACUUUACUGCCACAAAUAUUGGUAAUCCCGAAACCAGUAGGACCAAGAAGAUUUCUUACCGCUUUUCAUACAACGAUCAAUCAAAUAGUUGUAGAUCCCGUUUAUAUACCGAUUGCUACUUCACCAAAGAGUCCUAUGGAUCAAGUGAUAAUGUCAGAUUCAUCUAAUAAUUAUUUUUCAUUCACUAGAGCUGCAUCAUCUUCAUCAACAUCAAUUAAUUCCACACCAACAAAUAGACCCAAAAAUGACAGUAGCAGUAGCGCUUCUUGUCCAGUAAGUCCAAAAAUGCAAUUCAAUUAUAAAAAAGCAUCAAAUGGAUCUGAUGAUUUUAAUGUUGAUUAUAACAACAUUAAUGACAAAAACGACAACAAAAAAAUUAAUAAUGGCAACGGUGGAGGCAGCGGUGGUGGUGGUGAUAACAAUGGUAGUAUUGAGGUUGGCGGUGGUAAUAAUAAUCCUAUACCACUGUCAGUUGGAAUUAAUACUGGUGGUGGUAAUACUAUCGUUACAACACAUUUAUUAUCGCCAUCCCAACCACCAUCUAUACGUACACAAAUACCGUCACCACUUGGAUCAACAUUACCAAUAUUAAACUCACCACAAGAACAUGACAAAAAAUCAUCAUCAGCAUCAACACCACUACCAAAACAAGCUAUUUUGUCGACAUUUAUGAGAAAGAAAAAAAUUAAAUAUGAAUGCGCUACCAAUGGACAAGAGGCAGUUGACAAAUGGAAGGAAGGCGGGUUUCAUUUGGUAUUGAUGGACAUUCAAUUACCAGUGAUGGAUGGUAUCAAAGCAACAGAAACCAUAAGAAAAUUAGAAAAACACCAACAAAUUGGUGUAUUACCGUCAUCUUCCAUAUCACAGCAUGAUCAACAAGAGGGGGGCAUUCCUUCAUCGACAUCAAUAUCAUCUACCACCACCACUACAAUGAGAUCACCAGUUAUUAUUUUAGCAUUAACUGCAUCAUCAUUAUCAUCCGAUAGAAAAAAUGCUUUAGCAGCAGGCUGUAAUGAUUUUCUGACCAAACCUGUUAGUUUAGAAUGGUUAGAAAAAAAGAUUUUAGAUUGGGGAUGUAUGCAAGCAUUGAUAGAUUUUGAUGUGUGGAGAAAGUGGAAGAAAGAUGAUGAUUCAGAGUCGGCAAAAGCGAUUGAACCAAGGAAAAAUCAAAGAAGUAUUAGUACAGCUCAAAUACAAAAGACUAGAACUUACAUUGAAGAAAAUGAUCUUGUAGGAAAAAAAACAAUUGUAUCGCCAAUUUUGACCAAAAACAAUUCAUCCCCAUCUGUACUUGGAGUCAAAAAAGGCGGCAAUGUUGAUGAUGGUGAUUCAAAAACAACGGAAUCAGUAGUUUCAAUAACAAAAUUGACGACAGAAAAUUUAGAAAGUUAUCAACCUGUAAGAAGAUCAUCAGUAGUAUCCCCUGUGACAUCGUCCCCUAUAACGGCUACUAUUUCUUCCAAUAGCAACUCAUCUAGUUCCAGUACCAUUAUAUCUAAUUUGCCAAGAACACCAACAGGAGGUGUAAUAAUUUCACCUGCUAAUAUGAUACCAUCAUUACCAUCAACUCCUAAAAAUUUUCAAUGCUAUUAA